CAGGAUGCUCGAGUACUACAACGACAAAUAACUCGGCAAGGGAGGUGGAAGCAUUCAAAUGGAUUAUCUAGUCACGUGAACAUGGAAGACUAACGUAACCGUUAUUGCGCGCAUCUGAUUCUCAUUUCACCCCAACGAGUCUACGGCAGAACGAGACGCAGAUUCAGCCGCCGUCUGCAAAAACAAGCCCAAUAAAUAUUGAACGAGCUGGGAUGGACGAAGGCCACAAUUUGAGUGCUUUCUCAAGAUCUCUUUCCGCAUCUUCUCUCAGAGGGCGAUUGACCAAGUUAACUGGUGCACCGUUGCGUCCUGUAGCUGCCCUCCAUGCCAAUAUCGACUUUGUGCCUACCAAGAUACCGCGGAAAAGGAGACUGCAGAUGAUGGUCGUUGCCGUGUGGUCGGUGAUGAUAGUGAUAUGCUGCUUUGUGUUCCUAAUGCUUUGCUCCAUACCAGCGCUGUGGCCGUUCUUGAUCAUGUACCUCAUUUGGAUCUCCUGCAUAGACAAGAGCCCAGUAUACGGAAACAGACUCAGUCCAUGGUUCCGGUCACUGAAGAUUUGGAGGUAUUUUGCAGACUAUUACCCUGCGUCACUCCUGAAGGAGUGCGAUCUACCCGCUGACCGUCCAUACGUGUUUGGGUACCACCCUCAUGGCAUAAUCGGGAUGGGUGCGCUCGCCACAUUUGCCACCGAAGCCACCGGCUUCUCCAAAGCUUUUCCCGAGAUUAAACCGCACUUACUCACGCUCACUAAUAACUUCAACGUUCCUUUAUAUCGCGAAAUAAUCAUGGCUCUCGGGAUCAGCAGCGUCUCAAGAGAGUCUUGCUCUAACAUUCUCUCCAGAGGCGCGGGUCAAGCAAUUACUAUCGUGGUUGGAGGCGCUGCUGAGAGCUUGAGUGCAAGACCUGGCACGGCGGAUCUAACAUUGAAGCGGAGAUUGGGAUUUAUCAAGGUCGCGAUCCAGCAUGGAGCCGACCUUGUGCCUGUGUUUUCGUUUGGCGAGAAUGAUAUAUACAAUCAAAUGCCGAAUGAGAAGGGCACUACGAUAUAUGCACUACAGAAGAAAUUCCAGAGCAUGUUUGGAUUCACCCUUCCGCUCUUUCAUGGACGUGGUCUACUGAACUAUAACUUGGGCCUAAUGCCGUACCGGCGACGGAUUGUCUCAGUCAUCGGACGACCGAUUCAUGUCCAACGCUGCGAAAAACCGCCAUUGGAAGAGGUGGAGAGAGUGCAAAGGAUGUAUAUCGAGGAAUUGACGAGGAUAUGGAACGCUUACAAGGAUGAAUUUGCAAAGACACGCUUGAGGGAGCUCAGUAUCGUUGAUUAAAGUGGACGGACAUAAUUUGGUUCUACUCGAUAUGAGGACUACGCUGAUUGUAC